AUGGCUCUCAACCCCCACCAAAAGAACAAGGUUGAUAUCAACUCUCUAUCCCCUGACGAGCAACGACUCUUUCGCCUUUACGGAAAGCUCCCCUCCAAAUCCGACCACUUGGCCAAACACCUCAAGGAGCGCAAAUACUUCGACUCAGGCGAUUACGCUUUGUCGAAAGCAGGUAAAGCCAGCUCCGUUGAUACCGGCAGUGUAGGCUCUCAACAUCCUCUUCCCGAAAAUAUUCCCCAUCUCUCGUCGCCGGGCGUAGGCAACCCGAAUCAAGGAGGCAGCGGAAAUGGCAAUGUCGUCCACUCUGGUAGCACAGCUGGUUUGCCAAGCGGAAGUCCUGUCAAAGAAAGCAGCUUCUUGAACCGGGAGACCAGUAUCGACGAACAAGAUGAUAAGGCCAAGAUUGCCGGUCGACUUAACGAAAGUGUUAGUCCUCCACCUAUGAAGGAGGGCAUUCCUAUCAGAAGAUGA